AAACACUGUAACCUUCACCCGGUGCGGUGCAGUCUUUGUCUGCCCUCCCAAAUCAAAAAAAUAAUCUCUCUCUCUCUCUCUCCCCCCCUCUCUCUCAUCAUCGUCAAUUUUUCAUCUCUCGACGAUUUAUCCCAAAAAAUCUCAAAAAAUAUAAACACAAAUUAUAUCUAUUUCUAUAUAAUCACUAGUAUUCUACCCUAGGGUUUUAAAAAAAAAUCUAAAAAAGGAGAAUCGAAUCAAAUCAAUGGCUCAGAUUCAAGUUCAACCUCAGCAGCAGCAACAGCAGAUUCCUGUUUCUGGAUCUAACGGAGUUUCGGCCGGAGCGGCGGCAAACGCCGGCGGCAGCAAUCAGUUCACGACGACGUCGUUGUAUGUUGGAGAUUUGGAUCAAAGCGUGACUGAUUCGCAGCUGUAUGACUUGUUUAACCAAGUCGGUCAGGUUGUGUCGGUUAGGGUUUGUAGAGAUUUGAGUACUGGCCGCUCUCUGGGUUACGGUUAUGUUAACUAUAGCAAUCAGCAAGAUGCGACGAGGGCUAUUGAUGUCUUGAAUUUCACUCCGCUGAAUAACAAGACAAUUCGAGUGAGUGUUUCUCGUCGGGAUCCUACUGAUCGGAAGAGUGGAGCUGGUAAUAUUUUUAUCAAGAACUUGGACAAGUCAAUAGAUAUCAAAGCCUUGCAUGAAACAUUUUCAAGCUUCGGAACUAUCAUUUCCUGCAAGAUAGCAACUGAUGCCUCUGGCCAGUCUAAAGGCUAUGGGUUUGUUCAGUAUGAUAGUGAAGAAGCUGCUCAGACUGCUAUUGACAAGCUAAAUGGCAUGUUGAUGAAUGACAAGCAAGUUUAUGUUGGUGUAUUUUUGCGCAAGCAAGAUAGAGAUAGUGAGAUGAGCAAAACUAAAUUUAACAACAUAUAUGUGAAAAAUCUUUCUGAUUCUACAUCUGAAGAUGAUCUCAGGAAAACCUUUGGUGAGUAUGGAACAAUUACCAGUGUAGUAGUAAUGAGAGAUGCAGAUGGAAAAUCAAAGUGUUUUGGCUUUGUCAACUUUGAGAAUCCCGAAGAUGCUGCUAAAGCUGUUGAUGCACUGAACGGGAAGAAGUUCGACGAUAAAGAAUGGUAUGUUGGUAAAGCUCAGAAAAAAUCAGAAAGAGAAGUCGAGCUCAAAAGUAGGUUUGAGCAAACUGUGAAGGAGCAGGUCGACAAAUACCAAGGGGUUAAUUUGUAUGUCAAAAACUUAGAUGACACCAUUGAUGAUGAAAAACUGAAGGAGUUGUUCUCUGAAUAUGGAACUAUCACUUCAUGCAAGGUCAUGCGUGAUCCUAGCGGUAUCAGCCGGGGAUCUGGAUUUGUUGCAUUUUCAACUCCUGAAGAAGCUUCUAGAGCUCUUGGUGAGAUGAAUGGAAAAAUGAUUGUCAGCAAACCACUCUAUGUUGCACUUGCUCAGAGGAAAGAAGAAAGAAGAGCUAGGUUACAGGCCCAGUUUUCACAGAUGAGGCCUGUUGCAAUGCCUCCAUCCAUGGGCCCUCGUAUGCCGAUGUAUUCACCUGGUGCUCCUGGUAUGGGACAGCAACUCUUUUAUGGACAAGCACCUCCUGCAAUGAUUGCACCCCAGGCUGGUUUUGGCUACCAGCAACAGCUGGUUCCAGGGAUGAGGCCUGGUGGAGGGCCAAUGCCAAAUUUCUUCAUGCCAAUGGUACAGCAAGGUCAGCAGGGACAGAGACCUGGUGGAAGGCGUGGUGCAGGUCCAGCACAACAGACUCAGCAACCUGUUCCUAUGAUGCCCCAACAGCUCAUGCCCAGGGGCCGCAUGUAUCGUUUCCCACCUGGUCGCAAUGUUGGUGAUGUUACCAUGCCAGGUGUUGGAGGGGGAAUGCUUCCAGUUCCCUACAACAUGGGUGGCAUGCUUCCUAGAGAGGCUGCUAUGGGUCAGCCUAUGCCAAUUACAGCAUUGGCUUCUGCACUUGCUAAUGCUCCAGCAGACCAGCAAAGGACUAUGCUUGGGGAAAAUCUAUACCCGCUUGUCGACCAGUUAGAGCAUGAUCAUGCAGCCAAAGUCACAGGCAUGCUUUUAGAGAUGGACCAAACUGAAGUUCUGCAUUUGUUAGAGUCACCUGAUGCUCUGAAGGCAAAAGUGGCCGAGGCCAUGGAUGUUUUGAGGAAUGUAUCUCAGCCUAAUGUAGCUGAUCAACUAGGUGGACUCUCUUUAAACGAGAACCUCGUUUCUUAAGAUCUGUCCAGGCUGGCGAUUCUCGUUUGACCUUGGGAUCCUUUUCUGUGAAGGCUGGAGGUUCUAGUCUUUGUUUCUUUAUCAUCUAGUGUCUCGGACCACGAACCGAACUGUGUUAAGUUUAAUACUGAACGUAAGUGCAUCUUGUUUCCUUGACAGUUUCUCUUUGACUAUUGAAUUUGGUUUGGAGCUA